CUUUUUGACUGGAGCGCGAGGUGCAAAAUUGUGAAUCGAACACACGAAGUCAGCGUAUUUGUAGAAUAACAUCCAAUAAUUUAUUCUGCUACGAAAUAAUGCCACAAUUGUUUCAAGUUUUACGAUGCUAUAAGUGUUCGGUGUUUCAAGUUCAUCAAGGUAAAAAGUCAAAUAAAUGGAAAUGUAAACUUUGUGGUGAGAAGCAGUCUAUUAAAAGGCAUUAUGGUCUUGGCACUAGCAAGGACUGCCGCAUACAUGUUCAGAAAUUGAAUGGGAUUCGAGGUGUGAUUGAUGAACUCUACGAUUCUACAUCGCCAAAUGAAAGUAUAGAUGAAAAUACUGAGACUGAAAUAACAGAAGUUUCAAAUAAAAACAUUGAAAAGAAGAGUAAAUGGACAGAUUUUACUAUAAAUAAUGAAAUUGAAAAUAUUUAUGAAGGAAUAGAUGAUAAUAACUAUCCUGAUAACCAAGAAGUUAUUUCAGAAUUACCUAAUAAGCGUAAAAAGACGAAGAAUCACUAUAAAAAUAAAAACAAAGAACAGAUUACAAUUAAUCUAGAUAAUGAAUUUUGCGACCCUAGAGAUGGAAACCCAAACUUUAAUGAUCCUUUAGAUACAAUAAAUAAAAAAAACAUUACUCCUACUGAAGACUCUGCAGAAAGAAUAAAUAGUGAUAAUGAACUGGAAUGUCAAGGAAAUGAGCUUUUCAAUGACAGUUGCAUAUUAAAAGACACAAAUCUGAAAAUAAGCCAAUGCAAGAAAUUCUGUAAUUCUUUAGAGAUUGUAAAAAGAAAUAAGCUGAAUAAUGCUAAAAGUCAAGUUAAAGAAUCAAAAUGGAAACAAUUCAUUGAAAAUAAUGAAAAUCUCUUUAAAAUAGAAGACUCAAAGCAUACUUUAAACCAAAGAAAAACAAUGGAAUUUUCAAUAACCGAAGAGUCUGAUUUAGAUACCAUACUUGAUAUUUGAAUUGUAUUCAUGAGAAUGUUAUGUUUAAAAUUAGUUAUAAUUAAAGACUUAAGACCUAAUUAAACAGUAUGUCCAUAAAUCUGCCUAGUAUAAGUACUAGGCAGAAUUAUGAAAUACUAAGCAGAAUUACUAAGGCAAAUACUUAAUUAUAUCACAGUCUUAUUCAAUUUAAAGGCAAGGCAAAGUAGAGAGUUCUCUACAGCUCACUUAAUCUU